GAUCAUGUUGGAUUUAUCUCCGUCUGGAUUAUUCAACGCAUUCAGAAUUAAAAUCAAUUCAACUUUAUGAUAUAGCCUAAUCGAAUGAAGUAGCAAGACUUCAAGUCAACCUUAUUAUUCAUUAUUAUAUUCAAGGAGAAGUUAUUCACUAUGAUUCCAGUGCAGCUGAUCUCAACUUUGAUAGUGGCGUGUGGUUGCAGUGUGCUCGCGGACGCAAUGCAAGCUAACUUCACCCUGGAGAAUGACAUUCAGUCCAGCUUCAUCCAGCGGCGGCUGAAGAGCCAGGAGCGCAGAGAGAUGCAGCGGGAGAUCCUCUCCAUCCUCGGGCUGCCGCACCGGCCCCGUCCGCUCCUGCUCGAGAGACACACCGCAGCUCCCAUGUUCAUGCUGGAUUUGUAUAACGCCAUCCUGGAGGACGGAGAUCGACGCAGCGGGAUUGCGUACUCUUAUGAGCCGGCGUACACGACCCCGGGACCCCCGGUGAUGACCCAACAGGACAGUCGUUUUCUCAGCGAUGCCGACAUGGUGAUGAGCUUUGUCAAUCUGGUGGACCCAGAUGAAGACCUCCAUUUAUAUCAUCAGCACCGUAGAGAGUUCCGCUUUGACCUCUCCCGCAUCCCGGCGGGAGAAACCCUGACUGCCGCAGAGUUCCGCAUCUACAAGGACUUUGUGCACGAGCGUUAUGAAAAUGAGACAUUCCGUGUCAGUGUGUUCCAGGUGCUUCGGCAGCAGCCCAAAAGGGAGCUGUACCUGCUGGACUCGCGAGUCGUAUGGGCGGCAGAAGAAGGAUGGCUGGUAUUUGACCUCACAGUCACCAGUAACCACUGGGUCAUAAAACCUGGUCAAAACUUGGGACUGCAGCUUUCUCUGGAAAGUGCAUAUGGUGAGAGAAUGAAUCCAAGGAGAGCAGGUCUGGUGGGCAGCAGUGGACCUCAGAAUAAACAGCCAUUUUUGGUGGCGUUUUUGAAAGCGUCAGGAAUCCAUCUCCGUAGUGUUCGCUCAGCAUCAGGAAACAAACAGAGGGGUAACCACCGUUCUAAAAACCCCAAACCUGGUGUUGCACCCAGCCAGGUGGCUUUAAAGACAGCUGAAGCCACAGACGGUGCCAGCGUAGAUCCCAAACAAGGCUGCAAAAAGCAUGAACUCUAUGUGAGCUUCAGAGAUCUGGGAUGGCAGGACUGGAUCAUUGCUCCAGAGGGUUAUGCUGCGUACUACUGUGAAGGAGAAUGUGUGUUUCCUUUGAACUCUUAUAUGAACGCCACAAACCAUGCUAUUGUACAGACACUGGUCCAUUUCAUAAACCCAGAAACAGUCCCGAAGCCCUGCUGCGCUCCAACUCAGCUGCACGGAAUUUCCGUUUUGUACUUCGAUGACAGUUCCAAUGUAAUAUUGAAAAAGUACCGCAACAUGGUCGUCAGAGCCUGUGGAUGCCACUAAUCACUACUUCUGCCCAUGCCGGAGGGAUUCAUAAAGUAUGGAAAAAAACAGGACGCAAAUACUUGUUUUUUUUGUUGAGACUAUCAGGUGCCCAGUGAGGAAAGAGACUCAUUACUGGAUCAAAACUUUCUGGACUUUUCUGUUAGAAGACUCAAAGCAUUCAUUUUCAUGUAAGACUCAAAACUCCUGGAAUUGUUUGAGGUUGACCAAAGCUGAGUCAAGUGUGGGGCCUUCUGGCUUUCAUUUCUGUAUAGAAAGCCAAGUUUGGAGUAUCAAAGAGGACAUGAGCGGAUACAGAGA